UGGGGUUUCGUGACGAUCACCCCACGGGCCAUUGUUUGGACCUGCGCUUGCCCGACUCGCUGAACUGGUUCUGCCCUGGCGUGUUUGGUGCUUUGCAUUUGUGCUCUGUCACCCGAAGCGGUGAUACCACCUCGAGGGGUCCCUUGUGUAUGACCUGGUUUGGGAUCUUCUUCUUGUCGUUCGUCUACGGCUUCUUUCUGGACAACGGCACCGGCACUUGCGACCUCGCGGAGAGCUUUGCGGCGCAAACGUGCUGCAGCAAGACGUGCCUGGCAUCUCCAUCGCAAAGGUAUUGCCCGGCUCGGUCAGAAGCAGUUGCUUCGAAUUUUGAGGACCUUGCGGUCGCAUCAUUCCAAAGACACCACCUUCUUGGGCCUGAUCAAAGGAGAGAUGGCGUCAUCAACUCAGGCAGGAUGGCUUUGCGGCACGUGCCGCAAGAUGAGAUCGCCGCAUGCAUGGUACUGCGAUUUGUGUGGCCAAAGUUGGGAUACUUGUGCCAUACAGACAGCAAACCAAAGAAGAGCAGGUGCCCAGGAGCAAUGGACAGGAGCCUGGCAAAGAGCCUCAUCGAGCUCGAGACCGAAGAGCCCGAGACAAAGAACGAGGUUCCGAUGUGGCCACAAUCCUCUAUGAAUGCCGAUGUCAAGGGAAGCGGGAAAGGUUACUUCCCUUCACAACAGCAGUUGGCUCCUCUUCCACCACCGCCGCCGCCUAUGAUACUUGGACAUGCGCCUCCUGUUGGACCACCAUGGAUGCAGCAGAAUAUGCCCAUGAUGCACCACAUGCCAGCAAUGCAACCCUCGCCAGAGACAACCUUUGCUGGUCAGCCGCCCAUGACGGUGAUGCCCAACAUUGCGCCUACCGAAGAUCAAGCGUUUGGCCGGAAGGUGCCACAGAAGCUGAACAAGAUUGUCAAAGCUGCCAAGAAGGAGGAGCACCUUUCCGCAGAGUUCCAAAAUCUUGUUCACGCAGAGAUGAAGAAGGACAACAAAGAAUGCUCGCGAAACCUUCAUACAGCUGUGACAGCCUUGGACAAAGCAAAGGAAGCACAGCUCGAAGUGGAGAAUGCCAGACUUCAGCUCUGGGCACAAUGGCGAGUGUUUUUGCAGCAGUCAGUCGUAAAAUGGAAAGAAUAUACGGCCCAGUUCCAGGCUGCCGAAACGGCAUUCCAGCAGCAGGCACAGGAAGCCCACUUGAAUCUCAAGAGGGCUCAGAAGCACCUGGACAUUGCCAAGCGACGCAUGGAUGCUGGGGACAAGGACGAGACCUACACAGUGUCCUCGGAAGAGGAGACGGAAGAGAUGGAUGCCAAGGAGGAGAGCGAACUCGGCAGAGACGAGAAUGCUCAAAAAAUACAAGAAGGACUCCACCAGGUUGUGUCGAGCCUCGAGGUGCUAUCAGAAUCUGCAGAGAAACUGGAGCCCAAGGCAAAACGACCUCGCAAAGCCGAAGAAGAAGGAGAAGCUGGACAGAGGUCCUAUCCCAGCUUGGAGCCUUUUGGGAAGGCCAUUGAGAAGGCAUCUGAACUUGCUAUGGAGGACCAAGUACAAGUCUUUGAGGCAGCGGAGGUCAAGAAAGAGUUCCACACUUUCAAGACCUAUGACUAUCAAGGACUACAUCGACCUCCUUCCUGGAGCCUUCCAAGAGCAAUGACUAUUGGAGACACAGGCAGUUCAGGUUCUCGAGAUCACAGAACCGGUGAACAAGAAGAGCAGACACCACACCAUUUUCUGGAUCGAAGAUUGCCUGACGACGUUCCCAAUUACAUUCAUCACUUACAACAUCUUUGGAGAGAACGACACGUGAGAAUUUUGGAUGGUGAGUACUAUCGAUUGAGGACGUGGUACAUCCACCACCAACAUGUCAGACAAUGGAAGAGACCACGCAUUGUUGAAUUGGAGGGCGAUGGAACCACUUGGCAUGGAGAUGUACUUCAAGCGUGGCGUGACCAACUCUACAAUGAUGAGGUCCUCAACAUUGCUGUCGUAUACCCAGAGGUUCGUGCACAAACUGAUCGCCCUGUGAUUCCACAUGCCGAUCUGAUUCUUGUACAGGGAGGAUUUGACCGAUGUGGUGGGAUUACAACUGUCUACCAUCCUAGCCAAGUUUCAGAUGAUUCGUUCACGUGGGCAAUCUCGUACUCGAGACAUCUUAGUGGCCUUGAAAUUGUACAAGGAGCUGAGGCUGAACAUUUUCUAGAUGCACAUGAUGUUCGAGUAUAUCAUGAUUGGACGCCCAUUCCACUUACGGCGGUGCAGACGCACUGGAUGCUCAAUGGCCAUUCAUUUGUCGUUAUUGUCAACGAGAAUCAAGCCAGCGCCAGUAGCUCUGCACAACAUGAUCGACAAGAACAAGGAGUUUUAGCCGAACCGGUAACCCACCAGCUUGAGGCAAGUGAAGAAGAGAGUCCCACUAGUGAUGAAAUGGUACUGCCCAUUGACCAGCUUCAAGGAGUGCAAGUCUUUGGUCUUGAAAGCCACACCCAUCACUGUUUUGUACAUUGGGACUCGUACAACACCAUCCUUUUUGAAGUCCUGCGUUCACUCGGGAUGCGUCGUGAUGAAGCGGUUGGCUAUCACUACUUCGAAGUUCCUUUGAUCGAUCAACACCCUGCGGAAGAAGCGAUUCUUCUGCAAAAGGUUGGUGACAUCCCUGGAGGCUCCCCAGACCGGCUCGUGUUAGUUGACAUCACGUACCUGGCACCUAAAGGCGAUAGACCUCUUCAACGACGAGAAGUCCUACGCCUACCACGCUACCUCGGACGAACUGGUCUUCUGCAGGAAUUGGGCAUCUAUGAGCAAUGCGAGCAGAGCGAUUUCAAGUGCACUUUGCAUCUCAACAACCAGCUCUGGCAAGAGGAUGAUCUAGCUCCGAAGACACUAAAGCAUGCAGCAUAUGUCAGAGUUGAGAUCCCUCCCAAGCUCGAAUGCCGUUCACCUGAGACAGAUCGACCAUCCAAAAGAGCACACGUGCAGUCACCAGCACCAGGAGACCUACGUAGUGGAGUCAGCGGCCCCGCUCUCUUUCAAAUUGGCAAGAACAUUCACUACAAGCAACCGAUUGAGCAGAGUGCCACAUUUCCAAGUUUGCGAGCCGGGCCAAGACCACAACAGAGCUUGAUUGGCCGCGGACACCAGAUCAGACAGAUGCAUGAACAAUCAUGGCUACCACAGGCCAGCAUGACGUUUCUGCAAUGUGCGACCACAGAGCAUCAGGAUGAAGGCCUGAUGACGCCUUUCAUUACGAGCAGAGAUGUCUUCGAAGAGCUGGGCAUUACUCGCUGGUGUGUAUCACGAGAUUGUAUUCUACAAUGCGACGGCCGCACAGUCCACGGCGACGCACCAGUACAACUGGAAGCCGGUGAAAGUGUUGUAGUCACGAUCGCAAGUAGACCUUCCCCGCCUUCAGAUGCGACCUCAUUCAUGCAACAUGGCCGACUUGAAGCUCCAGCACAUCAAAGAUCCACGAUGUCACCUCAUGACGCGGUCACGCUCCCAGCAGAGGGAGAUGCAUGUGAAGUAUUUAGCUUCAAUGUUGACGCGCCAGCUUUUUACCCUGCUCGACCUGAUCUUCAGACAUUUCCUGAGGAUGUGCAGGAUCUCUUUGAACUCUGGUCUCAAAGGACCUUCACAUGGGGAACUGAAGAAAGAGCUGGGAUGCUCAUGACUUGGUACAUUGAUCAACAAGACCCCGUUCGCAGCAACCAUUUCCAGCAGGGCCCUUCCUUCUACAACUGGGACAUGCAGUCACCAGGACAUCACGGGCGGGCCAACGACUUUGCAGCUUGGGAGAUGGAGUUUGACGAGGUGAUCGGGCUUUUGCAUGGCUUACUGGAUCCGACGCAUUGGGACUUGCAGGCGUCCUUUGAGAAGGAGCUGAA